UAUCACGCGGCCGAGCGAGAAAAAGGUUGCGUGAGGACCCGUAACGCAGCCACCAUCUCUGACCGACGACGAGAAAGAGACGAAGCUCGAUCGAAACCCUAACAAUUCUUUCAAUUUUCUGGGAAAUUUUCCGGGAAUCUGGGUUAGUGUUUCUGAAUUUCCGAGAAAAAGUUUCUAUGGUUGAUUAUUUCAUGGAAUUGUGGGAUUGAUUGCGAGAAUUUAGAGGCUAUGUGUAUUCACUAUUCAGUUGAUGCUGUAACAAGGAGGAGGAAUGCAAAUGCGAUAAGAUUCCUAUAGUUGGGAAGGUGAUUCAAUGGAGGAAGAAGAGGAUAGGUUUUUGAGUAGCUUAGGGGUGACAUCUGCUAAUCCUGCAGAUAUCGAGCAGACGAUACUCGAUGAGGCUACAAAGAAGCUUGAUAACGAUGAGAGUGUGGAGGAGCGGUUGGAAGGAACCAAUCUACUUCCACCAAGCCAGAGCGAGCUUUUGAAUAAACUGAGGGCUGUGAAGUUUGAAAUAGACGCUGUUGCAUCUACUGUUGAGCAAGCGGAGGAGGAGGAUGGGUUGCAGAGUGGCUCUGUGCUUCAGAAUGCUCUUGCUAAAGACCGUCUCAGAAGCCUUGGGAAGAGAAAAAAUGAGCUUGAAAAGGAACUCUCUGGUUUACAUGGUCAGGGCGGCACUUCUGGUGGUGCUGAUCGCGGUGAUAUGCAGCGAGAUUUGGUGAAGGGAGAGCCUAGUCUUAAGAGGAAGUUGAAAGAGGUUCGGAAACCAAGCAAGAGAGAAGGGAAGAAGGUGAAAGUGGUGUCGUUUCAUGAGGAUACGGAUUUUGAUGCCGUUUUCGAUGCUGCUUCUGCAGGUUUUGUUGAAACGGAAAGAGAUGAAUUGGUUAGAAAAGGAAUUUUAACUCCUUUUCACAAGCUCGAGGGUUUUGAACGCCGACUUCAACAACCUGGACCGUCGAACUCGCGUAACCUACCGGAAGGAGAAGAUGAUAAUGAGGACUCCAGCAGUAUUGAUAGAGCUGUCCAAUCAAUGUCGCUGGCUGCAAAAGCUCGCCCAACGACCAAGCUACUUGAUGCGCAGGACUUGCCAAAGCUUGAACCGACCCCUGUUCCUUUUAGAAGGCUAAGAAAGCUUUACAAGACUAAUGAUUCUUCGGAUAGUGAUGCAAAGAAAAGUGAAGGUGGGAAGGGUAAAAAGAAGCGGCCUUUGCCUAAAAGGAAAUGGACAAAGCGGAUUUCUAACGAAGACUCUAGUCUUCAAGAAAAUGAAGAUGGACGGAGAAUCUCGGCCACGUCCAGUUGUGAGGAAGAAGAGCUAGAUGAUUUUGAUGAGGUAGACGACAGCGAGAAAUCUUUUGUACCGCUUGAAGGUGGAUUAAACAUUCCUGAAGGCAUAUUUAUUAAACUUUUUGACUACCAAAGAGUUGGAGUGCAGUGGCUCUGGGAACUUCAUUGCCAAAAGGCUGGUGGCAUUAUUGGGGACGAGAUGGGUCUUGGUAAGACUGUGCAGGUCUUAUCUUUCCUCGGAUCCUUGCAUUUCAGCAAGAUGUACAAACCGAGUAUUGUCAUAUGUCCUGUCACACUCUUGCGUCAGUGGAGAAGAGAAGCACGGACAUGGUACCCGGAUUUUCACGUGGAAAUACUCCAUGACUCGGCAAAAGAUUCAAAUGGCAAAGGACGAGUCGAUGCCUCUGAAAGCGAUUAUGAUAGUGAAGUUUCAGUCGACGGUGAUCAUGAGCAAAAGUCUAAGAACACCAAGAAAUGGAGUUCUUUGAUAAACCGGGUUCUAAACUCUGAUUCGGGGCUACUCAUCACCACAUAUGAGCAAUUGAGGCUGCAUGGUGAGAAGCUGCUCAAUAUUGAGUGGGGUUAUGCAGUACUGGACGAAGGCCACCGGAUCCGGAACCCAAAUGCUGAAAUUACUUUGGUGUGCAAACAGUUGCAGACCGUCCAUCGAAUUAUUAUGACUGGAGCACCAAUCCAGAAUAAACUGACAGAACUCUGGUCCCUGUUCGAUUUCGUUUUCCCGGGAAAACUGGGAGUCCUACCCGUGUUUGAGGCUGAGUUUUCUGUUCCCAUAACUGUGGGUGGCUACGCCAAUGCUUCUCCCUUGCAAGUGUCAACAGCCUACAGAUGUGCGGUUGUUCUUCGUGAUCUGAUCAUGCCAUACCUCCUCCGCCGAAUGAAGGCUGAUGUGAACGCACACCUCACAAAAAAGACUGAGCAUGUUCUCUUCUGCAGCCUCACCGUGGAGCAGCGUUCUACCUACAGGGCGUUCCUUGCUAGCUCAGAGGUAGAAGAUAUUUUUGACGGCAACAAGAACUCUCUGUAUGGGAUCGAUGUGAUGCGUAAGAUAUGCAACCACCCUGAUCUGCUCGAGAGAGAACACUCUCACCAGAACCCAGAUUAUGGGAAUCCAGAACGCAGCGGGAAGAUGAAGGUUGUUGCAGAAGUUCUAAAGGUCUGGAAACAGCAAGGACACCGUGUACUUCUGUUUUCACAGACUCAGCAAAUGCUUGACAUCCUCGAAAGCUUCUUGGUUGCAAACGAGUAUAGCUACCGGAGGAUGGAUGGUCUUACGCCGGUGAAACAGAGGAUGGCGUUGAUUGAUGAGUUUAAUAACUCAGAUGAUGUGUUUGUUUUCGUUCUGACAACGAAGGUGGGUGGUUUGGGAACAAACUUGACCGGGGCGAAUAGAGUCAUAAUCUUUGACCCGGAUUGGAACCCCUCAAACGAUAUGCAGGCAAGGGAACGUGCUUGGCGUAUAGGGCAAAAGAAGGAUGUUACUGUUUACAGAUUGAUCACACGAGGGACAAUUGAGGAGAAAGUAUAUCAUAGACAGAUAUAUAAACAUUUUCUCACCAAUAGGAUCCUCAAGAAUCCACAGCAGAGAAGAUUCUUCAAAGCUAGGGAUAUGAAAGAUCUUUUCAUCCUGAAUGAUGAUGGUGAUAGCAACGCAUCCACCGAGACCUCUAACAUCUUCAGUCAGCUGUCUGAAGAUAUAAACAUCGUAGGAGCUCAAACAGAGAAUACAAGUACAACCGAUUCCACUACACAACUUGAUACUCACGAUGCAGCAGAAGAACUCUCAGGAGAAAAAGAUGCGGAAACCAAUGGCGAGCCAGUGGAUGAAGAGACAAAUAUCUUAAAGAGUCUCUUCGACGCACAUGGAAUACAUAGUGCUGUGAAUCACGACGCCAUCAUUAACGCCAACGAUGAGGAAGAGAAGAUGAGACUUGAACACCAGGCAUCUCAAGUGGCGCAGAGAGCUGCGGAAGCAUUGCGCCAAUCGCGGAUGCUGCGUAGCCGCGAAAGCAUCUCAGUGCCCACAUGGACGGGAAGAUCUGGCUGUGCAGGUGCACCUUCAUCUGUACGGAGGAGAUUCGGAUCAACUGUGAACUCCCGGUUAACCACAGCAGACAAAUCAUCAACUGUCAAGAACGGUAUCAGCGCGGGUCUAUCUUCAGGCAAAGCACCCUCUUCCGCAGAGCUUCUCAACAAAAUCCGCGGAAGCAGAGAACAAGCCAUUGGCGUUGGCCUUGAGCAGACACAGUCUUCUUCGAGUUCAAGCAGCAGAGUAGGUUCGUUGCAGCCAGAGGUCUUGAUCCGACAGAUAUGCAGCUUUGUACAGCGAAAAGGCGGAAGCACGGACACGAGCAGCAUUGUCAACCAUUUCUCGGACAGAGUUCUUGCUAAGGACGUACCGUUGUUUAAGAGUCUCUUGAAGGAGAUUGCCACGCUUCGGAAGGAUCCAAACGGUUCGGUGUGGGUCCUCAAACCAGAGUACAAAGACUAGUCUUUGUCACAACGUAGAGAUGUCUCUUCAUAAUUUUUGUUGACUUGAUUGAUCUUGGUGUACAUAUAGAUGCCUGAGUUACACAUU